AUGAAGAGAGGGAGCGGCGUUCGCAUGGCUACUGGCAACGGGGAGAACAGCUACGCCGCAAACUCCAGGCUCCAAGAGAAGGCCAUUUUGGAGACAAGGCCGGUGCUUCGCAAGGCCAUAGAAGAGGUGUACACCUCGCUCUCUGCCCGACGGAGCACGAUGGUUGUCGCCGACCUUGGCUGCUCGUCGGGCCCGAACACUCUACGCGUCGUCUCCGAGGUGAUCGGCGCGGUCCAGUUCUACACUCAGAAGUCAGAAGAAGAACGGCGCGCCGUGGAGGUGCAGUUCUUCCUGAAUGACCUGCCAGGGAACGAUUUCAACCUCGUCUUCCGGUCAUUGGAGCAACUUGAAGAUCUCGGCGGGAAAGAGAUGCUGCCCUACUAUGUGGCGGGCCUGCCGGGAUCCUACUACAGGAAGCUUUUCCCUUCCCGGAGCGUCCAUUUGUUCCACUCGUCCUACUCCCUCAUGUGGCGCUCUAAGGUCCCCAAGGAACUCUCAAGCUGCACUCACGUGAACGAAGGCAACAUCUACAUUGGAAAGAGUACCCCACCUAUUGUGAUUAAACUGUUCCAAGAGCAAUUCAAAACGGACUUUGAGUUGUUCCUUGCACUGCGCUCCAGAGAGCUUGUCAAUGGAGGGCGACUGUUGCUAACAUUUCUUGGACGAAAGAGUGAAGAGAUCAUGAUGCAUGGAGACGUUAGCACCUUAUUUGAAUUGGUUGCCAAAUCUCUCCAGUCUCUAGUCCUAAAGGGCCGUGUGGAGAAGGACAAGUUGGACUCAUUCAACCUGCCAUACUAUGCUCCAUCGGUGAAAGAGGUGAAGGCGUUGAUCAAUGAGAGUAAGCUCUUCGAUAUAGAGCAUGUCAGACUCUUUGAAUCCAACUGGGAUCCUCAGGACGACUCAGACAGUGAUGUGGUACUAAACUGUGCUAGCAGCGGGGCAAAUGUGGCCAAGUGCAUAAGGGCCGUGUUAGAGCCACUGAUAGUAGACCACUUUGGAGAUGACAUUAUUGAGGAGUUGUUUGCGGUGUAUGCUUCUGUCGUUGCAAAGCAUCUGGAGAAAGCGAAGGCAAAGUACCCCAUCAUCUUGGUAUCCUUGAAGAAGGCCAUGCAUUAA